CACAGUUGCAGAUAAUAAUAAUAUUUAAUCGUAAUCUCUUAUCAGUCUAUAAAAACAGGAUGCUCCAUUCGCUCAUCGAUCGAAGUAAACGUGCACUACACAUUUGGACUCCGUUAAUUUCAACAGCGACCAGUGUACAGUUUCAAUUUACUCACACGGUAUAGAGAUGAAUGCACCAGCACCACCUGGCUUUUUUCCAUCGGUCACUCAGCCGGCUAUACACAUAAUCACUUACGGAUCGGAACCGCAGCACAUACAAUGUCCCUACUGCCGGACUGAUAUUACUACAACAAUUACUAGAAAGUCUAAUACCAAGACACAUGUGAUAGCAUGUUUAUUGUGCAUAUUUGGAUGUUGGCCGUGUGUUCCCUGUCCUUAUUGCAUCAACUCUUGUCAGACAGCUAACCAUUACUGCCCGCAAUGUAAUACAUACCUCGGCAAGGAAAAUAAAAAUUAAGUAGAUCCAGAAUAGUUUUAAUGGAACAGAAAAAUGUUAUGUAAUACGAAUUAGAAUUUUUUAUAUAUUCUUUUGUCUUGUCUUGCUAACCCAAAAAAAAUAAUAAACACUAGACUAAGACUCAUUAAAUCUGGUGUUAAAUAUACACUGAAUGUAAUGAACACGAUGUGUGUGAUUACGUAAAAAUAACAUCUGCGUGCAGACUGAACAAUAAAGUACAAUCUUACUAUGACAAC